UAUGAGGCUUGUAAGCGACGCAUUUUGAAUACCCAGAAGCAAAAGUUUUGAAUUAUUUGUCACACAUGCCAAGACAUGUUGGUUAGCUGCCGUGCUAUUUUUGUAAACAAACCAAAUAAUUAAAAUAAUAAUGAAGUGCAAAAAAAUUUGAUUUCGUUAAGUGUAUACGGAAAAUUUAAAAAUUUUGUUUUGUAUUUUUUUUUUGUGAAGCAUGGAGAAAGACAAGACACACGCAAAUCGACGAACUGGAAUUGUUUAGUGUUCUCAAGGAGCUAGCGAGUUAGCUCGCAAUACGUAGCGUUGUAGCAGAAUGCCACCGCCAAAGAAGCCACCGAUUCAUGUGCCGAAGAAAGCCAAUCCCAGUCUCGGCUAUGAAGUGCUUAUCUAUUUGAAUUCCUUCUAUUUUGGAAUGUUCGCUUGCUGCGAACUGAGUAUGGGUCUGCUGAAGGCCAUCAAUCUAUCGUACCCGAACAACGUUCUGGCGCGAGAUUCGGGUAUUUUGAUCGGUUUUUGCAUUUUAGAGACCAUUCGCAUCAUACUCGGACGCAAGGGUUCACUAGCCGAAAAAAGUUGGCCAGUUAUUUUAUCGGUUUUUCUAACAGUUCCAUGCUUUUUCGGUGUCUCCUACAUACUCCUCCUACAAGAAUAUAAACUACGGCUGGAAUAUGUACUUUGUACAUUAAUGAUCGGUUUAUAUCUGACCGAAGUUUGGUAUGCAAUACUAUGUGUUUUUUCACUAUGUCGUCCAGUAACUUAUGAAUAGGACUAAAAGGUUUAUAAAAAUGUAAAAUAAGAAUAAACAUGUAACGCAAAAAAAAAAAUUAUAUACAUACAUACAUACAUAAACAAAAUACACAACUACACAAAUACACAAAUACAAAACUAAAACUAACACAUAAAUAUGUAAAUGUAAAAAAAUUCAACUAAGUAAAAUGCAACAACUUACGAAAGAAAUAAAUAAAUGUAAAAUGAAAAAUAGAAGAAAUCAUAGCAAUAUACAAAGGAAACGAUCAAAUAAUGCAAAUACAAAGUGAGUAAAUAAGAAAUAGUGUAAGAUUUAUUAAAAACAAAGCAAAACAAAAACAAACAAAAAAUUAAAUAAAAAAAAAAAUAAAACUAUGUAUUGAAAAAAUUUUGAAAAUUUAUAUAUGUGCAUAUGUAUGUGAAUUGUAACGCCAAAGGAAGUAUAUACAUACAUACAUAUGUAUGUACCGAAAGCGAAAUAGUGUGAAGAAGUGUGUUAACAGAAACAACAAGAAAUACUUUUCAGACUUUUUAAGAGAAUUUUUUUUGUAAUGCAAAUGUAUGUUUAAUUAAAACCAAAAAAUAUUGCUAAACCCAAGGAAGUUUAAACAAAGAAACUUUAACGAAAUUCAAAAAUUGAUAAACUGUAAAUGAAAAAGAAUAUAUUGUAUUAGACACUACAUAUUUUUUAUUUAAUUAAGAAAGAAAAAUACAACCUACAAUAUUCUAGAUGUGCGUUAUCGUCUUUGAAGGAUUUUUCUUUCGCACAUCUCAAAGGAAUAUUAAUGUCGAAUUGAUUGUUAUACAAAGGCAUAAGUGCAUAUGUAUGUAUUUUAUAAGGAAAAAACUCAGAAACCACAAAAAAAUAACAAAAAAUAAAUUAUGAAAAUUAAUAAGCAACAAACAAAUUGAAGCACACAGAUUCACUGUAAUGGCAAAACUUAAGCGCCCCUUAGUACAUUUUUUUGUUGCUUUCAUUUAGUAAAAUUUGCAUGAAACCAAAGUGAAUUAAAUUGUGUGUACUAAUUUUAUUUAUCCAAACAUACUUUCUAAACUCAGCGUUUUAUAAGUAAAAGGUUACAAGUGAAAAAAUAUUGAAAGCCUCCAAAGGAAACAAACACUUCCGGUUCAAAAAGUUUGCCCCUCUACUACGAUUUUGCGAUUUUGGCCAACAGCCAUUGAUGAUACUGUUAAUUAGAAGUUAUUACAGAGAUUAGAAGAAGAAGAAGAAUGCAAUGAUGUUCUGCAAAAAUGCCACUGUUUUCAAGUUUUAGCGGAAAUGGAAACAAUGACGGAAAACCAGUAUUCAAGCAAAGAACUGAUAAAGACAAGAAUAGCUGCACAUUCCGGUUCGUUCCAUAGGGAACAGAAUUCAGAGGGUUUGGCCAAGUUCAGAUUGCAUAGCAGAUUUCUGUUGCCGUAUACCCGGUGACGUGUCAGCCGAAGUUACUCGCUGCAUUUCGUGUGUUCCACUAACAGAAUUCUGUUAAGAAAUUCCCCACCCAAAAACCGAUUGGAACUAAUUAGCACCAGUGAAGGAGACUUAAAAUAAAAUUAUAAAAUGAAUGGAAUGAGACAUUUUCGAUCAGCAGUUCCACUCUUUUUGUUCUAGACUGAUUUAAAAAUUUUUUGCAAAUAUGUACGCAAAUCUUCCAUACAUUUGAGAGUACGAGCAAUAAAGCGUUUCCACUAAAACCAAAUCCUGGGUUUGCAGGUUUUGGGUUUGAAAUAAAGCGAAUUCUUUGUAGGUGGUGUCGGUAAACCAUUUGCAUUACCGUUGUAUGCUUCUAGCUCCAACUUCAUGUCGGCUGUGCAACAUUGUACGUCUUUUUCUUUUCUACUUUCUUUUGUCGUGACAGUUCUAUGUACAAAACGUUGUUGUUGGUCUAGCGCCACAUCCUUUGAUGCAUAAAGAACCGUUCAAACACGGAUUAGGCAGUAUACCUAGCGGACUGCGACUGCUUUUGACGUUACAGGAAUGGAUUAAUUCAUAGCUUCAAGAAAUUAUAAAUGUUGUGAGAUUAGGUGAAAAGAUUUAAAGCUUUCAUUCACCACCACUUGCGUGAUAGUUCCAGCAAUACAAUGACGCUAAACAUAACUCUGAAGUAUGUAAGUUCUGGCUUCAGAACAAAUAACAUAGAGCUCAGCAAAGCAAUAAAUGUACUGGUAUGUUCUUGAUAGGCUUACCGAUCUUAACCCUAACAAGAACUUGUGAAAGUUUAUUACCAUGAAAAUUAAUCAAAAACUUUCAAGACGAAAGAAACGCUUUUCGAAGUGGGAAAGUAGUAAAAAUAAAAAAGGGGGAAAUUAUGGCAGCACACUAUUAAUAAUUUAGUUAAGAAAAACUAUAAAAAAAAAGUAUUUUCUAAUAGCUCGCCACUCGACAGGCAACGACAAACGUCCAUGUGUAUUUCUGCUGUGAAAAAAGCCCCUCGUAAAAAACCAUCUGUUGUUCGAAGGCGACAUAAGGCUGUAGGUCCCUCCAUUUGUGGAAAGUAUCAAGACGCAUACCACAAAAAGGAAGAGGAGUUUAGCUAAACACUCAACACAGGGUGUAAGCGCCAUUUUAUAUGUAAAUAUUACCCACAUCUACACCACUGCUAUUCAGGAGGCUGUGUUAAGGUAACUUUGACUCUCAUUUCAUAGUUUAACAACUCAUCUUGAACGCUUUCGCAUACAAAUUCUUUCGUUUGUUGUUAUGGGUACUUCCAUGUGGACUUCACUUCUGGCUAUGAUUUGUUUUGCUUAAAAUCUUUCCUUGCUUUAACUUCUUAUUUUUGAAACGCUGAAAUUUGUAUAUUUCGGUUUGUCCACACUGUGUUUGUAAAAUGAUAAAAAUAAAAGUAGAAAAUAUAAUUCUUUCGAAAAAAAUGCACUAAUGGCGUGCUUAUGUUCUGAUCAAUACUAUGUACAUACAUACAUACAUGUGUAUACUCGUAUGCAUAUAAUUACAUGUGUAUGUAUGUAUGUAUGUGCAUGAUGUAGCAAAACCAGUAAACUAAUCUGCGAAUAUGCAACAAACACAAAAACCCAGCAAACUCAUUCUAAAGCAUUAAAUUAUGUGUACAUACAUAUGUAUAUAUACACAUAUAUACAUAUAUGUAAGUAUAUGAACUUUAAAUAUUCAGAUUAUACAUACGUAUGUAAAUGUCCUUAGGAUACGCGAACUAUAAACUAUACCUUACACUAGGGUGUAAAUUACUAGGUGAAUAUUCGAAAAUACAUACAUACACACGUAAAACCAAAACAAACCAUAUAGUUGUAUGCAGUUGUAGUUUCAUACAUACAUACAUUCAUAUGUAUGUGUGCAUACAUACUUAUGAAUAAAAAAUAUAGAAUUUAAAUAUGUUUAAAAAACGAGCUCUUAUAACAAUAAAUUGCUAACUAAUACAUGCAUACAUACAAACAUAUUUAUAUAUACAUACAUACAUACAUAAUUGUACAUAAAACUGCACACACACACACUACAUAUGCAGCACAUGCUCCAUAUAAAAAUCAUAAUUCAAUCACACGUUGUUGGAUUUCAGAAUUAACACUUUUGGCAUGAACCCAUACAAAUGCUUAUGCCUAUUUAUUUAUAAUAUAUACAUACAUACAUGCAUACAUAUGUAAAUAGUUAAUACUUUCGUUUAGGAAAUUAGGAAAUUAGGAAAUUUUAGAUACUCGCAUUCUGUACAAAAAAUCAAGGUUUCUUUGCGUUUUUUGUUGACUUUUAUUGACUAAAAAUAGUUUGCUGUCGUCGCAGCAGCAGUACUCGUACAUUACGGGACUGAAAAACUUCCCAUCAUUCGGAACAUACACACGUAUAAUUAGCGAACGGUCGAACAUUGAUUAUUAAAGCUGACCGAAACGAAGCGAACUUCGGCCAAUUUAAGCCGAAGCCGAGCAAAAACCGAGCCGAAUAUUUUAAAGAAUCCAAAUGCAUAAUUUGUAAAAAAUGCCCUAGUUUUAUUAUAAUAAUAAAAAAAACA